AUGACCCAAUUCGAUCUGACUGUGGCCACUCGUGGCAACCAUGCCGCAAUUCUUCCCGUGGUGCUGAUUGCGACCUCUUUGAACGAGGCUCGUCCUGCCCCGGCCAUCCAAAUCAAGUAUGAGGAUACCGCAGUUCUCAGCGAGGGCGACAAGGCCAUUGUCCAGCUCACUACCGGUGGAAAGUCUGUAUUCGGAACCCUGAAUGCCGUCAACGAGCUUUGCACUGCCUUCCCCUUCCUUGCGGGCAAAGACACCAAGCUCGAGACCGAAUGGAUCUCUCAGCUUGACUCUUUCACUACCCUGGAUUUCAAGGCCCUCGACCCUGUCCUCCAGCGCCUUGACACCCACCUCCUCCUCCGCUCAUUCGUCGUCGGAUACUCCCUUUCGACCCCGGAUAUCGCUCUGUGGGGUGCCCUCCGCGGUAACCGUGUUGCCGUUGCUGCUCUGAAGAAGGGUACGCUUGUCAACCUCACCCGCUGGUACCGAUUCCUGGAGGAGCUCUGCCCCUGGACUCUUACCGCCAUUGACUCCCUGACCGCUGCCGCGAAGGAGAAGAAGUCCGCGAAGUCUAAGGAGGGUGCCAGCUACGACAUUGCUCUGAAGAACACCGACGGCGGUGUUGUCACUCGCUUCCCUCCUGAGCCCUCUGGAUAUCUGCACAUUGGACACGCCAAGGCUGCUCUUCUCAACGACUACUUCGCUCACGAGAAGUACAACGGCACUCUUCUGCUGCGUUUCGAUGACACCAACCCCUCCAACGAGAAGGAAGAGUUCCAAGAUGCUAUCAUGGAGGAUCUUGCUCUGAUGGGUAUCAAACCCAACAAAACUUCCUACACCAGUGACUACUUUGAUGAGCUUUAUGCCUACGCGCGCGUCGUGAGCUUACCCCCCGAGGAGAGUUUGGCCCACUUUGAGGAGAUGAAGAUGGGUACUCCCGAGGGUCUCCGCUGGUGCAUUCGUGCCAAGAUCUCCGCCGAUGACAAGAACAAGGCCCUUCGUGACCCCGUCAUCUACCGCUGCAACCCAGCUCCCCACCACCGCACUGGUACCAAGUGGAAGAUCUACCCCACCUACGACUUUGCCUGCCCUGUCGUCGAUUCGAUGGAGGGAGUCACUCACGCCCUGCGUACCAUCGAGUACCGUGACCGCAACCCCCAGUACCAGUGGAUGCUCGAUACCCUUAGCCUGCGCGGUGUCCAGCGUAAGCUGACCAAGUUGGUUGAGAGCGGAGUUGUCUGGGGCUGGGACGACCCUCGCUUCCCCACUAUUCGCGGUAUCAGACGUCGCGGUAUGACCAUUCCUGCCCUCCGGGAGUUCAUCCUGAAGCAGGGUCCCUCCAAGGCCGUCACUCUCUUCGACUGGGCUCUUAUCUGGGCUACCAACAAGAACAAGGAUGUCAUCAAGGCCACUCUCACCAACGGCCCUGCUGCUCCUUACACCGAGGAGAAGGCCAAGCACGCCAAGAACGCCGCCGUCGGAAUGAAGACCGUCGCUUUCAGCGCCAACGUCCUUCUUGAGCAGGAGGACGUCAAGCUCUUCAAGCAGGACGAGGAGAUCACCCUCAUGAACUGGGGCAACGCUUUCGUCCGUAAGAUUACCACCGGCGCCGAUGGCGUUGUCACCGGCCUCGACCUCGAGCUGAACCCCGGCGGUGAUGUCAAGAAGACCGAGAAGAAGGUUACUUGGCUCGCCACCGAGGGGCAGGAGCUGAUCCCUGUUGAGCUGGUCGAUUUCGACUACCUGCUGAACAAGGACUCUCUGACCGAGGAGGACAAGCUUGAGGACGUUCUCAACUACAACACUGAGUUCCGGGAUAGUGCUGUCGCCGAUGGCAAUGUCUCCCAGCUCAAGGUUGGUGAUAUCAUCCAGUUUGACCGCAAGGGCUACUACCGCGUUGACCGGGCUGCUGCCCCUGGUGUUCCGGCUGUGUUCUUCAACAUCCCCACUGGUAAGCAAAAAUAA